AUGGCACAUUACUUGCGAAACAUGCCACAGUCGAGAUUGCAACGUGGUGAGGUUGACGUAGCAGGUAGCUCACAGCAUCCUGGGGAUGCUUUCAGAUCAUUGAAGAAUGGAUCAACAUUCCUCUGGCUGGCUGAUUCCGGCCACUCGACUUCCCUUUUGGGAACCCCUGGGGUGGCAGCCACAAGUCACAUGACGUUGGGAAGAGCCCCAAUUGGAUCUGCUACCAGCAGGAGUAGUCUAUCUAGAUCCGGUCCGGAAGCAGUGCCUAGCUUCCCACGUUCGUUUCCACACUACGGCAUCCGGAUCCCUAAACCUCUUGCGAUUCGUGGAUGGCACCAUGAAGAAGCACUUGUCCCGGAGUUUAAACCGACUGUCAAGCAAUGA